CGGCGCCCCUGCAGCUGCUCCCCACGGCGCCCUCCGGUUCCUGCCACUGCAGCUACGGCGCCCUCGCCCCUCGGACGGUUGUAAAGAAGAAAGUCCCACUCUCUCCGUCAAAAUGAAGUGGGAUUUUAACUAUUACCACGUUCAUUCUGGAAUUAAACCGGUAAAGCCUGAUGACAGAAGACAAGGUUCCUACACUACUGCAUAUUUGGAAGGUUCUUAUAUAGACUGCAUUAAAGACUAUGAAAGGCUAUCAGAUUUUGGGUCACCGAUUGUGAGCCCCAGGAUCGUAGAACUUGAAACUGAAAGCAAACCCUGGCAUAAUAAGGAAAAUCAACAUGCGACACUUAACAGUUCAAAUGACAUAGAAGAACUAGAGACCAGUGGACCUUAUGAAGACAGUGGCUACUCUUCAUUUUCCCAACAAAGUGGCCUCGAUGAACAUGAAGACAGUAGCCUUCCCCUGGUGAAAAAUUUCAGUGACAGUCCACAAUCUUGCCCGCUAUGGACGCAAAGCGCAGACCAAGAUCCCAACAAAAACUUGCUGCCGGCUCUUCAUUCUGAAAAAGUGGUUUGUUCAACAUUAAAAAAAAAAUGUAAACAAAAUCCUAAAAUAGACUGGGAGAAGCUGAGGGAAUUUAUAUCCAGUGGAAAUUUUAGACUACGGAAUAUAAUUGGCAGGAAAACAGGCCUAAAGUGUGUAGAUAUUCUCAGUGAACUCUUUCGAAGGGGACUCAGACAUCCCUUAGCAAAUAUUUUAACACAGCUCAGUGAUAUGGACUUAAUCAAUGUGUCUAAAGUGAGCACAACUUGGAAGAAGAUUCGAGAAGAUGAUAAGGGGGCAUUGCAAUUGUACAAUAAAGCAAUACAAAGAAUUACCAUAAAAAAAAGGAAUAUGAAAUCAAAGGAAAGUUGGACCAUUGCCAAAAAACACUGCAAUGCCCCAUUUCUUGACCCUACAGACAGAGCUGGUACAGGCCUCAGAGGCACGAUACCAAGCCUGAUGGAGCAGGGGAAGAAAGAGAUGUCUCGAAAACAGCUGAGUCCUGAAGAAGCAGAGAAGAAAAAACUGACAGUUUGUGACUAA